AGAUUUGCUUGACUUGGUCUCUUACCGUAUUGCUGUGGUAAGUGGUGUUUUUUUUUUUCUUCUCUCACGGCGGAGAAGACGGAGAGAUACAGCUAGUGCAUCCCUUGCUCGAAUAGCAACGCUCAUACACACAAAAAAGCGUUGACAACCCCGCCCAUAUUAUAUCAGUCGCCGGGUCGAUAUAUAUAUAAGCACUGUUAGAGGCCUUUCUCCUUGGCUGCCGAGCUCAUUACAAUAUAUCGAGUCUUUUCACUGCCGUAAAACUGGCGAGCCGUGGUUCACGUCUGCUCCCAUAACUUUACCGCAAAUUCUCCCUCGCAGCCGUGUCGUUCUGCUUUCCUUGCGCUCGAAAGCGCGUCGUUGGCGGCCAACUCAGUCUGUUUACCGCCUUCCGCUGUUGUUGUUUUUGGUCUCCCUCGGUUAGGUGAGUCGCUGGGAUUUUUCUCCUGUGUGUGCUUCGCAACGACAGAGAAACACGAAGCGAGUGGGUCGACGACGCGCGGGUGUCCGUAGUCUUCGUUGCGACGGCGGCCCUAGUCUCUUCUCGUCUCCUUUGUACCUUUCGCGGAGGGCAGAACCCAACCCAAUCAGCUUUACGGGUGACACUUCGAAUCGACGAGAAGACAAACAACAACAAUGGAGUCGAGAAAGGAUGACUCGGCUGACGCCACACCGACGGCGGAAAGCGCACAGAUGGAGAAGGCGCCGGCCAAAGACCCGAAUAUGUGGAAAAAGGUCGUCAUGACCUACGUUUAUCGCUUUGUCCCGGUGUCGCGAUGGGCCCCUACCCUCACGCCGCGCGUCGCUUUGAGCGACUGCAUCUCCGGCUUUAUCGUGGGCGUCAUGAUCGUGCCCACUUCUCUGUCGUGGUCCAGCUUGGCAGGUAUUCCGCUGUCGUGCGGUCUCGUCGCCGCUCUCAUUGCGUCCUUCAGCUACGGUACAUUUGGCCAGUGCGCGUGCCUCUCCGUGGGCCCCGUGGCGGAGAUUACCACCUUGUUAAUUUCCAUCCCCGGCAUCCCCUACGCCAACCGGCAGGACGUCUUCCAGAGUCUCGGCGUGCAGGUCGGCAUUCUGAGCAUGGCGCUGAGCUUCAUCGACUGCGGCACCGUCAUCAAGACGAUCUUCGCAAAGGCGGUGGGGGACGGCUACACGUGCGCUGCUGCCCUGCUCGCGAUUGCGGCGCAGCUGAAGGUGAUGUUCAACGUCAGCCUGGUGGACAAGGGAUACGGCAACUUCAUUAACACCGUCAUCGCCAUGUGGGAGCAGUGGCACGUCUCCUGUCUCUACUGCUUUGCCCUUUUUAUGGUGUACUGCACAUACCUGAUCCAGAUUAAGAAGACGAGGCUGCCCUUGUGGAUUCCGCACCAGCUGAUCGUGGUGGUGGUGUCCAUUUUAAUCACCAGGGGCUUUCGGCUGGACAAGCAGUGGGGCCUGGCGAUUGUGAAGGAGAUCCCUGCGUCGUUGAGUCUGCCGCACAUCCCGCCCAUGAAGAACUUGGUGGAGCUCGGCCCCUACACCCUCACCAUCACCGUGAUCAGCUUCGUACAGAUGUACGUCGUCGCGCAGCGUGUCAUGCCGGACAUCGACCCCAACACGGAGCUUUUCGCCGGUGGCAUUACGAACCUGUUGGUGAAUCUCAUGUCGGGUAUGCCGGUGUCCAACUCCUUCAGCUGCUCCUCCGUGCUGAUUGAGCAGAAGGCGCAGACGCCCAUGACGGCCUACUCGGCCGGCACGGUGGUGCUCAUCACGAUUCUCUUUCUCACCCGUCUUGGCGUCUUCUACUACCUGCCCAAGCAGGCGCUGGCGGCGAUCGUGGUGGCGAGUGUGUGGCGCCUCGUGAAUUUUUCCGGCCCCGCGCAACUCUGGCGCUACAGCCGCAAGGACGCCAGUGUGUGGGUGCUCACGUUCGUUCUCACCGUGAUCGGCGGCAUUACCAUCGGCGUUCUCAGUGGCAUCGCUUUUUCGCUGAUUUUGGUGGUGCUGCGCAUUGCCCGCCCACGAGCCGUGAGCGUCGGCUUCAACAUGGAGACCUUCCGCUAUGGUGAUAUCCGCAAAGACCCGGAGCUGCUCGUGUACCCUAACAUCUUGAUGUGGCGCUUCGACGCCCCCUUGUACUUCAUCAACACCACGUACUUCCAGGAGCGGUUGCAGCAGGCCAUUGCAGCUGAGGUGCGACCGAUUGAUGUGGUGUUGGUGACGUGCGGAAAAGUGGUGGACAUCGACGCUGCCGCGCUGACCUCUUUGCCCAACAUUCUCGAUGGUGUCUCGCGGUCUGACCCGACGCGUCCGCGGCGAAUUAUUCUUACCGACAUUCACGGACGACUGGAGAAGGUGUUGCUGGACUCUGCCGCGCUGCCCAUCUACGUCCCGGAGGAGUACGACCGACUCACAAUUGAGCAGAUCACCGCAUCGGGCAAAUUCCCGGUGGUGUUCAAGAAGCUGGAGGAGGCCAUCGCCUUCGCGCAGCGGUGCAUUUCGGAGCGCUACGGCAACGUGGAUACCGCGCCGUACCCGAACGUGUCUUUCCUGACGGAUGUGGUGGUGGAGGCGGCUCGGCUGCCCACCAAAGACGGCGGUGCCUCGUCUCUGCUUACACUGCUGGAGGCGGAAAACGAGAGAAGUGGCGGCGGUGGCACAGCGAAGUCAACAACAGCGACGACGACAACGGCUGCUGCUUCUGCGUGUCGACCACAGAGUCGCACCGCCUCGCGCGACGACACCCGCGAGUCCUUGACGGAAGGUCCGCACAUCGUGGUCACCGCCCCGGGGGAGACGCCGCCGCACCGUCCGCUGUCACCACAGCGAGGCGAUGCAGACCGAAAGAAGGAAGCCGCCGUUGAGUCGUGGGGACAGGCGGGAGGCAAGAUGAGCAGCGCUGCUGCUGCCGCUGUUACCGCUACCGCUGCUACUGCCGCGACGGUCGAUCACCGUGACAGCGCUCUUGAUACAGCAGAGCAGCAGCAGGAGGAAGAGCGGGACAGUCUGGUGCGCCACCUCGCCACCCUCAAGAAGCUCUCCACUUACUCGCCGGACCGCGAGCUGGUCGGCGUCCUUGGCGUGAUUCGGCACAGUGAAGUGACACCCAAGCAGAAGAAGAAGUUGGUCUUCAGCGAUCCGGUGCUUAUGAGACUUGCGUUUCAGGGCUGCGACGCACGCCGCACGCGACGCAGCGUCGAGGACCUCGGCGAGUUUUUCACGACGGUGGAGCACAUGCUGCGGGAGACGGCGAUGGCGUCGCCGCAGACGGGCAGGAGUGGCUCCGUGUCCUCCUCGUCGCCGGAGGAUACGGCGCUCGGCACGUCCAUCAACCUUUCCUUCCGGCACUUCGCGUCCCCGGUGGCAGAGAACUGGGCACGCGUGCUGGCCAUCGUGCGGAGUCGUCCUGACGGACUGAAGAUUCAAAUCAAAGCCCGCUUCAGCACCGGCUCGGGGGCCGGCUCGUUUGUGGGCAGCGGCGCCAGCGAAUACACCGGCCGGGUUCCCCACCUCGCUCAACAGUCCGGCACCGGUACGGGAGGGCAGCGGUGGUGGCUGAGCCACGGCACGCGUUCGCCGAUGGGCUACAGCAGCGGCAGCGGGGCGGAAGAGGAUGAGAUGCAGGAACCCGUUGCCGGCCUGCUGGUGGUGAAGUGGGGUGGCGUGCUGACCCGGUCCGGCAUCACACAGGCGCAGGUGAUGGGGGAGCGUUUGUUCGCGCGUUUCUACGCGGCUGGCGAUCUGCCGCUGCGCCGACUCGUGCAGUUCACGCAUCACCCCCACGUCACGGCGUCGGAUGAAACCCGAGUCGUGAACACCGCCCUCGUCGUGGCGAAUGCGCUGACGCAGUCCUCUGGCAUCUCCGUCCACCGCUCCGAUGUGACGCUGAACGACAAGCUCAUCAAAACGCUCGGACCGACAGCGAAGCGGCUGCUCAGAGAGGAGUACAAGUAUUUUGAGUCACUGCUGCACAUCGAAUCGGCGGCGGCGGCUCGUCACUUCUUUCACAUUCCUGGCUUUCGUCAGCUGCUGUGGAUCCCGCCGCUGGACCGCUCGCUUGCCGCGGCGAACGGUGGGGAAGACAACAGCUUUGACGAGGCGAACGCCGACGGCGGUAAAGUGGAUGCUGCGACCGAGACGAGCAGCAACAACACCGAAGAUGACGAUGGCCGGGUACGCAACAGAGGGCUUGGCAGAGACCACGGUAGCGGCGGCGGCGCUGGUGCAAGUCGGCGCGAAGGUGAGGCGUUGAAUCCCCGUAGCUUUGGCCUCCGCGGACCGCAGGACAUUAGCUUCACGCACUCGAACCGCACCUUUGGCUUGACGGCGGAGCAGCAGCAGCACCUGAAUUACAAUGUCCUGCGUCAAGACGAGUUCUACACCCCGUACCAGGUGCUGAAAGAGCUGGAGGAGCUCAUGACGACCAUGUCCACCAUCACGUUCCCUUCUGCGUUUGCAAAGAUCCCGCUGAGCAAUCACGAAACGCUGCAAGAGGUACAGCAGCGAUACGACGCGAUGCUGAAAAACUACCUCGGCGCGAAGCGGGGUAUUAGCAGCGGCGUCGCCACCGCUGGCCCGCGCAGCAGCAACACCGGGGACAUCCGCGGUCAUCUUCACGGCGACGGCAACGGAGGCGGCAGCAACAGCAACAACACCACCCGGAACGACAACUUCCCGGCUUCUCCCCUGCGAAACGUGACGGACCUGCAUCCUGCAACCUUAGCGGAGAACCAGUUCGUCAUGGAGGCGAUGGAGGAAACGGGUGGGUCGUCGGAGGACGAGGGAGUCGACAAUCAAAUCCUCGAAGAUGCGGCACUGAGUCAGGGGCCAUCGGAGCAGACGACGCCGGGUUCACUGCCGCGUGUGUCGUACACAGCUGCUGCUGACGACGCAGGCGCGGCAGCGGAUCGUCCAUCCGGGUCCCGCCGCACAACACCCACUAGACAACACCGUGGCGGCGGCAGUGGUGCAGUCCCUGCUACUGCCGCUGCUCGAAGCUCGUACAGCAUGACAGAAACUGCCACCGGUCCGAUGUGGGCACCGCCGGGCUACAACGGCAAUCGCAGCAGCAACAGCAAAGGGAGUCGCAACGCCGCCGGCAUCGUCGCCAGCAAGCGGUACGACGUCAGCGACGUGUCGAAGUUGCGCGACUACGGCUCCUACGAUAUUGCCUACAAUAUGCCGAUGCUGUUGCAGCUGCACAACGCUGCCCCGGACGGUGGCACGGCCUUCCUGUUCCGCAAAUUUGCCAGAGCGCUCCAGCGGUUUGCGGACAUCACGGAGUACAUGUCCCGCAUCGGAGAAAACGUGUUGGAAGGGGUGAACAGCAGCAAGCGCUUCAUCAUUGGCUCGCUUGUCAGCGACGGGCUGCUGAAGCGACUGCAUGCCGACUUUCGCGAGCUGGCGAUGGCGGACGAAGAACGAGGAGUGCAGGAGCUGCUCGUGAAGGCGCAGGCGCAGUAUAUGACGGAGAAAGGAGGUGUGGAGCAGGAUGUGCGGCACAUGAUUCGCUUCUUCUCGAACUGUCCGUGUCGGCCAAAGAAGUCGGACGAUCUGGUGGGGACGUCUCCGGCAGACGCGUGGAGCAGCGAGACGCAGCAGGAGCGCGAGUUCCGGUUGCGGUUUCCAUUCAUUUCCCUCCCACGGCCUGAUCCGCGGACGCAGUCAGCCGCCACGGACUUUAAAGGCUGCACGCGGCUGUACUUCACCUCUUACUUGCACGUCGAAGGUGUGCUGCAGUGCCUGUUUGAAAGCUCCUCGGUAGAGGGCUUCAGCCGACCCAGCAAGGAGGAAAUGGAGGCGACGCACCAGCUCUACAUGCGCCACCUCAUCUUUAAGAUUUUCCGCCGCCGCAACGUGAGUUUCACCGAGGCCGAGGUAGCCCACGCCUUCCGUCACUUGAACCUGCUCUUUCGCUCUGACGUGGAGUACGACAAGCAGCAGCGCGUCCUGCGACGCGGCCUGGCGUCGAUCUACCAUUCCAUGUACUACGUGUCGAUGGAGGUUUACCUCUCACUUGGGGAUGCCGACGAGGGGCAGACCGGUGAGACGGGCGAAUUCCCGCUCUUUCAACGGAGCGACAACGGCGACAAUGCUUGGAACGGAGCAGACCGAGGCGGAGGCGACGGGGCAGCGUCGGAAAACGACAGCGCUGCCCCAAGCGCCACGGGCACCGCGGAAGGAAAAGAUGAGCGGGAGAUGGCCGCCAGGACAAGCAGCCCUCACGGCACGACCCUCAACACGACGGCGCCAUCACGUUCUGUGCGCACUGCUUCACCGAAUCGCCCCACAAACGCAGCACUCCCCUCUUCGUCCGCCGUGGCAGAGACAAAAACCGGUAGCGAGAACUACUUUUUCAUGGCACGGAGUCCCCUCUACACGCCUCGCCCGACCUCCGCCGGCGUCACCACUACCACCGUCCCGUCGAGUGAAGCGACACCUGAGACGACAACGACAACCGCCGUCGCGACGGCAGCGAAGACGGCUCUCGUGUCCCCGCUGUCGUCGAUGGCGGUGUACAACACGGCAUCUACAACGGGUGCUGCUGCGGCAGACGGCAACGAGAGCGACACGAGUUCCGAUUUGGCCGCGCUCAACCGCACGAUGCGUCGCACCGCGAGUCUGACCGCUGUGACCAGCGGUUCUCCCGGGACAGCGAAGACGAAGAAGCGCUCCCGCUCAGCAGCGCCAGUGACGAACGUCAAGGAUCCCGUGAAGGAGGCGACGGUGCUCGUGACACCGGAGGCGGGUCGACGCACAGCGGUGGUGCAGGAGAUGCGCCAUCGUGUGUUGAACGUAACGCCGAUGCGUCGUGUGCACGAAGGGCUGAGUCUAAGCGACUUCGUCUUGCUGAUGAAGGAGGUCGACAGCGCUGUGCGAUCGCAGACGACCCUUCCGGCGCAUUAA